UAUGCAAAUUCGACUGCUUGACUCCUCAGGUUCUCUCUGUCCUCUGGUUCUUGCGUCUUUCCUCUUUAUUCCCUCUUCCCCCCUUUUCUUCUUCUCUUCCACACGGCUUCUCUUCUUCAUUCUUAUUUCUUACUCCAUACUUUACCUUUCCUUCCGUUUGCCUUAUGGUUCCUGGCAGCUGGAUAAUGUAUGUAACUAGUCCACUAUCCUCGAUCGCCG